AUGGGCACUUCGACCUACGUCGCCAUCGCCUUUUUACCCCUCAUAAUCCUCCUUGCCCCGUACUACAUCGAGCCAUACCAAUUAUGGGAUCCCAUAGCCCUCAACGAUCAAGCGGACGGGCAGAGACAGACUAAAUGGUGUAAUAUGGGAUGGUGGGAAGACACCGACUCUUUCCCCUCAGCUGCCAACGCCCUGGGUCAGAAGCUGAUGAAUUUCGCUAAAGAGGCUGGAUAUGCAGGAGGUGGAAACGUGUUAGAUAUAGGACACGGUGCAGGAGAAUCGUUAUUGUUACAUCUCAACUCAUCGGCUCCACCCAGACACCUCCAUGGCUUGACAUCUCUUUCAGCCGAUACGAAAUAUGCUCAAAACCUACUAGACAUAUACACACCUGAGAGAGCCAUAUCUACCAGUGUCCAAUUAUACACCGCCCCUGCUCAAUUCAAUCCAACGAAAGACUUAAACCAUCCUUUGAAUGGUAUGAAGGGAUUUAUGGGCGAGCAAAAACGUGCUUUGGCUUAUUCAGAUGAAGAUGAAUUACUCGAAGAAACGGAUCUCGACCUAACUCAGGGUCAAGGUCAAGGGCAAUUGACAUUAAGUGAAGAUGCUCCACCGCCAUACGAUUUGAUUUAUAUUUUAGAUUCGAUAUAUCAUUAUCCACCUUCGCUUAUACCCUUCCUUCAAACGCUCAAACCUGUCUUGAGGAAAGAUAAAGGUAUAGUAGUAUAUACGGAUAUACUCCCUCCUCGGAAGGGGCUAUCAAGGUGGAAAUCUUGGUUUGUAUCUUACAUUUUAUCUGUACCAUUACCCAAUCUUACUGAUCGCUCUGCGAGUUUGGAGGGAUAUAAAGAAAUGUUAGAGAAGGAAGGAUGGAAAGAUGUGGUGAUAGAAGAUUGGAGUGAGGGAGUUUGGAAGGGAUUCUCAAAUAAUUUGAUUGGCAGAGGUGGAAGAUGGGAGAAAGUUGGAAGAGCGGUCGAAAGAGUUGAAAAGGAAGGUUGGAGAUUUGUAGCUGUUAGAGCGAAGAAGGUAUAA